AUUCAAACAAUCCCAGAUUGCCUUGGAACGAUCAUAGCACGACAGGCAGCUGUUUUGUACGUUAGAACGCGCAGCCGCGUCAUUUAAAUCGCACCAAAUUUGAAGUUCGGAAGUAAACAAACCGGAGAAUUCGCCAAAAUAGGGAGAUUUACAGAAAAAACGUUUCGCCAGUGUUUUUGAGACUUAUGCGGUAACCGAGAUGAACUCAAGGAUUUCGAAAAAAAUUCGUGAAUGAAACAAAUAGUGUUUUUAGUUUUAUUCAAUUCUGUGCUUUUGAAUUGUGCGGAAAAAUGUUGGUAGCUGCACCUUAUCCUAGCUUUGAUGGGCCGAAAAUUAUCGCAGGAAUUAGGAAAAAGGAUGUCAUAGCACCUACUCCAAAUAUUAGACCAAGAUUAUCAGGGGAACUGUUGGUCAAAUGCGGCCACGAAAAAAACUGGUGGCCAAGAAAAGUCACUGUCAGAGGGGGACAUCUGGUUGUGUCCUCCCGAAGAACAGAUGAUUCUCUACCCACUCUGAGGCUGCCACUGAGGCAGCUGAGUCUACAAGCUGGACCACUUGUUAACAGUCUUGCGCUCACCAAAGGACCAAUCAUUGUUCUCACCAUACAGACAUCGACCGAACAACAUUUCGACUUAUGGGUGAAGGCCAUAGCCAUAGAACUGAUCAGACAAACCCCCCUCUUCGCCGUCAAAUACCUGGACAUCCUCAAUCUAACGGAGGUCUCGAAAAACAAAGAACCGGACUGCCCCUACAUCCCCCAAGACCAAACGACCAGAAGCGACAUUACAAGGCUCAAGAAACAUUGUCCACGGAUAGUUGAAAUGCACACCAACGAUGUGCCAACGUCCACUGUUAAAGGUCAGGCAGCCGGCAAGGUCGUCGAGGAGAAAACGGUGGAGACGAUCCUGAAGAAGUGCCAGAACGUCGAAACGUACGUCCCAGUGAAGGAGAAGUUGGUCCUCUUCGAGUCGCUCUGCCGACUCGGUAGGAAAGUGAGGAGCACUGAAGAUGUCUCGUAUAAGAGCGACGUGGAGACGAAACGUGCGAGGUCGAUGCACGAUUUGUCCAACGUCGGACCUCACGUGGCUGUGCGCGAAAUAUGUAAAUAUUUCGAGAACAAGACAGACACGAAAGAAAUUAAAAAUAUCGAGAAAAAUGUCCAAAGAAAUAGACUUAUGUGUUCUGAACCGCAGUUCUUGAGCGUUAAAAAUUAUCAGAUAUCGACCAGGUAAAAUAUCUAAUCUAAAGACAACCACUCCUACUUAAGCUUUCUUGUUUUUUCCUCAGUUUUUGUGUAUAUACUGUAGUUAUUCCCUGAAUUUUGUAAAUAUCCCUAUUGAUUAUGUAUUAUUGUUGACUUUUACGAAAGAUACUAAAUGCAUCAAAUAUUAGUGAGAUUGAAGAAACCAAAAUAUGGAUUUGCCAUGUAAUAAUAAUAAGAGACUAAUAAUUACGAAUUGAACACAUGAUUUUAUAAGUUAUUGUUGAAUUUCUUCUUCACAUUUCUUUGGUAGUGAUCUACUUUAAUAAAAUACGUAUAUUCUCAUGGAAUAAUGAAAAAUAAAUUAUUUAAAUUA